GUGAGUCGGUUGUUAGUUUGCGAGUUGAAUGUGCGGUCGGAAUUCUCUUAGCGGUUUUCUUCUUGCUAUGUGCGUUACGUAAGCCUACUCUCUCUUUCUAGCGAGUGAGGUACCGUGAGGUUUGAAAGGUAUAUUGUGUGUGCGCGAAAACGAGAAGUACUGUGCCGGAAAAAAAUCGGUGGUGGAGCGCUAGUGUUCUUUUUAUAUCGUGCACGGAAGAAUAAAAAAUUGAAACUCGUUUUCUUCAUCGACAAAAAUAAAUUGUAACAGUUACAAUAAAUCAUCGACGGAGGAAUCGUAUCUGAAGUUGGUUCGCUCGAAAAGAAUAGCACCUGGCGAAACGAUCGUGUGGAACAAAUCGGAUUUCAAACUUCGCAAUAACUACGAUGCUGAAGAACGCGGUAGCUCUGGUGACUGGUGGCGCAUCCGGUCUGGGACGUGCAACAGUGGAACGCUUCGCCCGGACUGGAAGUAAGGUGCUGCUCUGUGAUUUGCCUACCUCUAAAGGCAACGAAGUUGCUAAAGAACUAGGAGACAAUGUAGUCUACGUGCCGGUUGAUGUUCUCUCGGAGCAGGAUGUAACAAGCGCCGUGGAGUUGGUGAAGAGCAAAUUCGGUCGGUUGGAUGUGGCUGUAAACUGUGCCGGUGUGGCCGUUGCCAUCAAGACGUACAACUUCAACAAAAAAGUGCCUCACAAGUUGGAAGAUUUCCAGCGAGUGCUGCUGGUCAACACAGCCGGAACGUUCAACGUGAUUCGUUUGUCAGCCGGCCUAAUCGGUGAGAAUGAACCGAACAAGGAUGGACAACGUGGUGUGAUUGUUAAUACGGCCUCGGUGGCAGCGUUCGAUGGCCAAAUCGGUCAAGCGGCGUAUGCUGCCUCGAAAGCUGCUGUCGUCGGAAUGACGCUGCCGAUUGCUCGAGACUUAAGUACGCAGGGAAUUCGUAUCUGUACGAUUGCACCAGGAUUGUUCAACACACCGAUGCUGCAGGCUCUGCCGGAGAAAGUGCGUGCGUUCCUGGCGAAAACUGUUCCAUUUCCGCAGCGUCUCGGUGAUCCAUCUGAGUACGCUCAGCUGGUGGAAUCGAUCGUCGAAAAUCCGCUACUUAACGGUGAGGUUAUCCGGCUGGAUGGCGCUCUGCGUAUGAUGCCUUAGAGAGAGCUGCGAAAUAGCAUGUAUUUUUAUCUACGAAACGCAAUAAGACCGAAAACCAGAUGCAUUUAUUAGGAACUAGUUGACGAGAAAUCGGUCGUAUGACGAUCAUUGCCUGUUGGUGUGCCAAACAGUGCAUUGUUAUUAGUUUUUUUAACAUCUUGUAGCAGGUGUGGUUUGGAAUAAAGUUACAUU